AUACAGCAUGGUAUUCACCAGUCUCUUGCCGGCAGUGGGAUCUCUACAGCCCAGCGAGUAAACAGUGCGAGUGAGGGGCGAGAGAGGGGCGAGGCAAGACGAGGCAAAGCGAGUAGUGGGUUGUUUGAGCUUGUGGAGUUUACACCACGAGGUUAUUUUUGCCCGCAGGAUAAUUCUCCUUUGCUCUGAUUUGAGUCAGGAUGGAUUGCGGCAACUUGUGGAGAGUCGCCCUGCUUUUGUGCUUCGCAGCCCAUUCCCUGGCGCAGAAGACGCAGCUGCAGGCGCAUCUGGAGCACCUGGACGGCGUGCGGAACCCCAUGGCGGCGACCGAUGAACCGCGGUUGGAGGCACGACGCUACAUCAAGGAAAAAUUCCGUGAACUCGGCCUUCAGGUUCACAGCCAGACCUUCAACACCAUCCUCAAGCCCCAGUUUGAUGAACUGACGGUAUCCGGCGAGAACCUCGUAGGCAUCGCAUCCGGGACGGCGGGCGGUCCAGUGAUGGUAGUAGGGGCUGACUACGACACCGCCCCCCAGAGCUCGCCCCUGGAGGACAACGGCGCGGGCGUGGCUGCUCUGCUGGAGGUGGCGAGACAUUUCAUGCAUGUGACGGGCGCGAACGGACUCUUUCAGAGACUCAACACCGUCAUAUUUGUUGCUUUUGAUCUGAACGUCAAAGCUUAUGGUAACAGCCACCCCGGUAAGCCUGGUUCCUACCACUUCCUCCACCAGUGGUUGUGGCCUUACAUCAACCAAACGUCUAACAACUUUGCUGGUGCCAUUAUUCUCGAUUCUAUCACGAAGUUUAGCACCAAGUUCGAUUCUCAGUACGUUAUUCAGGAGUUCAAAGAUGCGUUUCCCCAGGCAUCCUCGGCCAUAGCUAGCUCAGGCAACAAGGGAGAUUUUCUGGCCAUGUUUACCAGGGAGGACUCGCGCAGCAUCAAUUUGGCCAACAGCUUCACGGCCAAUUAUGUAAAGGAUCGUAAGGCCGGGAUGUUCAGGCUGCAACCCAUGUCGGUGAGGGAUGGACUGUCCUACGUCGGCGUCCUCAAGAUGUUCAAUCACCAGUCACACCACCCCUUCUGGUCCUUCAGGCCCUCUGAGGAACUCGUGCCGCUGCCUGCGCUGCUGCUCACUGACACAGAUGUGUACCGCAUGUCCCAGGACGUCUGUGACAGGCCGUGCACCCCCGCCGCUUUCCUCACUAGGGCACGUGAAAGUUUCAUCACCAAGACCAUCGAUGCCGUUACCAAUACUUUGCUCAGCCUUCAAACUGAAAGACUGCCUGACACAAGUGCUGGUGGGAAAUUGGGAGUCACGACCCCCCUCUUCCUUAUCGUUUGUGUUACUGUUAUCAGCGGGAUUAUUCGUUAAGCCAUGUGAUGACAAAAAAGAUAGAGAAGAGAUAACACAAAAACUCCACGCCCGAGGCACCUCUGCAAGGAUACUGUGGGAGAAUGUGGUCCUUCGCGAACUGUAACUGAGGAUAUUUGCCUGUCUCUUUGCAUUCCCUUUGUGUGUGUGUGGUUAUGUAAAUCAUUUGGUUAUGUGUGUGAUUGGGAGAGAGAGGAUGUAGGUGUGUCGGUGCGUUUUGGUGUGGGGGAUGGGGGUAAUCUUUCUAAAUGCUUCGACCACCUGCCACUUCGUCCAAGUUUUUAAAACAAUUAACGGUUAUUUCACCUAACUUGUAGAAACGAUCUGCCCGGUUUAUAUUAAAUUACUGCACUGAUUCGACCAACGUAUGAUAAUCGCCAUGGCCCCGUUUAGUUUAGUAGGUGCUGUAAGAGAAAUCCAGUUUAUUUCGAAGUCAUAAUUUUCAUAUUGCUCCAUGGCCCCCUGCUUAGGGACCGCUGCAUUACUAUAUCAUCAUUACUUGCCAUUACUCUUAUAAACUACAUAAAUUCUGAUAUAGCUGUUCUGAAAACUUUAUUAGCAUUGUAACCUGAGAGGGCGCAUGCAGUUUUAAAUUUGACCUUAGCUACACUGAGGCACAAGUCAUUCUUAUUCAAUACUGUAGAAAUAAAUUGUAAAAUUACAUUUGAACAACAAAUGUACAUGCUAGUUUUUUUUCUGGCAGUUUCUUUGGCUUUACAUUAUGUGUUGUUCAUUAUCUUGUUAUGAAAGUCAAAUACUUACAUCACACAACUAUAAUAAUAUCAUUGUACAAUUAUGCAUUUUGUUUUUUUAGGAAAAAAAAAACUAGUGGAGAAACAAAUAAGCAAAUAAAAGUAAUAACAAGUAAUUGUAGCUUUGACAUAUAGUGAUAAAGAUAUACAUAGUAAUAAUGAUGAUUAAUAUAACGACGAAUUGUACGUUUAGUUGACCGGAAAUACCACUUCCCGAGUGUUUGUGUGUGCUUGUCUGUGUACUGAGGAUGCCUCUGUGUGUGCGUGCCUGUGUACAGAGGAUGUGUCUGUGUGUGCGUGUCUGUGUACUGUGGAUGUGUCUGUGUGUGCGUGUCUGUGUACUUAAGUUGAUUCUGGGUCGUGUCUCAGUAUCUGUACGUAUGAGUGUCUUUGUGUAUUUCUGAAAACAUAUUUAUGUUUUUUUUUCACAAAGAAAGGAAUAUGAAAUCGAAUUGUGCAACGAAGAGAUAACUUUACGACUAGUUAUAAAUCUGGAACAGCACUGGGUGGAAAAAGUCUAAUUUAUUAAAAUCUGUAUAAUUAGGGAUUAACUAUUAUAAACUAUUCAAAUUAUAGCACAUUGCUAAUUGUAAAUGUGCCUAUAUAUGUUACAUAUAGAGUAAUGUGUGGUUAGUUUUAUAAGUGAAUUAAUGAAUAAAGGGGUAAAUAUAAAGAUCUGUGCAUACAGCUUAUAAGCUAUAAAAAAAAUCAUGUGUGAUAGAAUACUGUGUGAUGUAAAAAAAAAAAAUGUUUCAGAUUCAUUAAGCAACAUUAAAUCCGAUUAUUUCAUGGAUGCCAUGUAUUGCAUAUCAUCAUGAAUAAAUGUAUAAAAUAAUU